CGCGAAAAUGCUCAUUAAUACUGCUGCUUUCACCAUACCUUGAAUGGGCCCCUCUCAUCAUCUUCACCUUGUCCAGGAAGCACUACAUAAGCCAACACAAGAUGAGCAGUUGGAUCUAUUGACCCGAGAGAAUGCUGCAAUAAAGAUACAACGAGCGUGGAGAGCAAAGAAACAUGCUGGAUACUUGCAUCCUGACUUUCUGUGGUCUGACCUGACUACCCAUGCACGACUGCAGAUUGACAGACAGGGAGCUGAAGGAGAAAAGAACCGGCCCCGAGAUCGGUGGCGGCGAGCUGUGUUCCUUCUGGGAAGGAUGGAAGAUGGAAACCAAAUGCUCGCGAAGACUGGAGUGGAGAACGCAGAUGCCGUCCGUAAACAUCUGGAGACUCAACAUUGGCUUGAGCUGAUAGAUGGAAAGCAUCGAUAUGGCUCAAACUUGAAGUACUAUCAUAGGAAAUGGCAAGAGUCGGACACCACCGAGAAUUUCUUUAACUGGCUUGACAAAGGCGGUGGGAAGGAUCUUUCAUUACCUGAGUGCUCGCGAGAACAGCUCGAGAAGGAGAGGAUAAGUUACCUUUCUCCUGAACAGCGGCUGAACUAUCUGGUCCAGAUCGACAGCGACGGUAGACUUCGAUGGGCAAGAAGUGGAGAGCUAGUCGAUACCACUGCAGGUCGAUGGAAGGAUGCAGGAGGAGGCAAUGGCAUCGUUCCUCUUACACACCCAGAGCCGACGAAUGCACAGCAGCGGACAAGCUUUGCAGGACCUUCCUCAAGCAGAAGUACUCCAGGAAGUGAUCCAGGAUUCGGUGACGAAGUUGACACAGCGAUGCAUUAUUAUGCGAAUGAGAAACUCCCCCAAAAUCGUUUCAAAAGAAUCCUAUGGCGCAAUUUUACGCUUCGUGGACUUUUGGACAGAUUGUUGCGGAAGACACUCAAACGCAAUACUUGGAUCUACGUUUCGGAUAAGAACUUCAACAUAUUCAUCGGAAUUAAAGAACCGGGAACAUUCCAACACUCGUCUUUUCUAGGAGGCGGGUUGGUCACUUCAGCUGGUCUCAUAUCUGUGAAAAACGGAUUGGUCCAUACACUAUCACCUUUAUCUGGACAUUACAGGACAUCAAUUCAGCAUUUCAGACAGUUUAUAAGGGUGCUGGAUGAGCGAGGGGUGGACAUGUCUAAAGUCAAGGUUAGCAAAGCCGAGGCAGCACUUUGGGGAAUGGAACAUAUCGCGAAGUUCAAGAAGAAAAAAGCCGCCGUUAUGAAGGAAGGCAAAGAAGGAAUCGCAGAUGCAGCACAUGGUGCUAAGCAAAGAAUCGUUGCGCCGAACGAGAAGAUCCGAGAUAGGACGGAGCUUCGGGAGGGACGUCAGAAGAAUACCCACCCUGUGAAUGCAGAGCAAGGACCGUCGCAGUGAGAGGGCUGAAAAUCGCGGGCGGUAUAUAAUGUAUCUAUACAGCUCCAUCUCACUUCUCCAUAACUCGACCGCAUUUUGUCUGCAGAUAUCCUGGACAUUUAUCUUAGUUUCCGUUUUCACGAACGCAUGCAGUAUGAGGCUUCUGCCCUCGAGACUACAGAUACAACU